CCCAGCCAGCCUCCUCCGAGCAGAGAGAUUUCCCCCAGGCUGCGACGACAUGAAUCUCCAAGCCAUGAGGACAGGUUUUGCCAUUUUGGUGCUUCUUCAGUGCAGCUGUGCCUUCAAACUGGUUUGCUAUUACACCAACUGGUCCCAGUAUCGGCCUGGGGAUGGGGCCUUCCUCCCGGAAGACAUCGACGCUUCUCUGUGCACUCACAUCAUCUACAGCUUUGCUGGUUUGGGAACAAAUGGAGAAAUUGACACCUUGGAGUGGAACGAUGUCACCCUCUAUGAAACCUUCAAUGAUCUCAAAACAAAGAAUGCCAAGUUGAAGACACUGCUGUCCAUUGGUGGGUGGGCAUUUGGAACUCAAAGGUUUUCCAGCAUGGCAUCCAGUCCCAGUAGCCGCAGCACGUUUGUCCAGUCGGUGGCCCCGUUCCUGCGAAGGUUUGGUUUCGAUGGGUUGGACCUGGCCUGGCACUACCCGGGAAUUAGAGACAAGCAGCACUACGUCACUCUGUUGCAGGAAAUAACUGCUGCUUUCACCCAGGAAGCUAAAAUAACAGAGAAGGAGAGACUCUUGCUUAGUGCACCUUUGCCUGCAGGACGGGUCAACCUAGACAAUGGCUAUGACAUCCCUAAAAUCUCCAAGUACCUGGAUUUGAUCAGCCUGUUGGCGUUUGACUUCCACGGCGACUGGGAAAAGGUCACAGGCCACAACAGCCCCCUCUUCCGAGGACAGGAUAAAGGGGCCUCCAGAUCCAGCAAUACCGAAUAUGCGGUGGGCUACGUGCUGAGCAAAGGAGCCCCAGCCAGUAAGCUUCUCAUGGGGAUCCCUACAUUUGGACGGACCUUCACCCUGGCCUCUUCAGACUCUGGCGUCGGGGCCCAGGCCUUGGGCCCAGGGUUGCCCGGACCCUUCACCACAGAGAAAGGGAAGCUGGCCUACUACGAGAUCUGCACCUUCCUCCAGGGAGCCACCACCUCUGUGAUCCCAGGGCAAGGAGUCCCCUAUGCCACCAAGGGCAACCAGUGGGUGGGGUACGAUGACCCAAAGAGUGUCAAAGCAAAGGCUGAGUUUCUGAAGGAUAAGGGCCUGGCCGGUGCCAUGGUCUGGGCCCUGGACUUGGAUGACUUCCGUGGAGAGUUCUGUGGCCAGAAGCCAUAUCCACUCAUCAGGACCAUCCGAGACACACUGCGCUCAGCCUAACACUUCCGGGGGCUGUCCCUCCCUUUCCCAACUUCCUGCUUCUGCUCAGGGUACAGGCUGGCUUCACAGUCUGCCAUGGAAGUGGGCCUGCUGACUUCUCUUCCAAUCUAAUGCUGGUUGUGGCCCGCUCCGGGCUGAAACCCCAAUCUUCCACAAUAUGGCUGGGCCUCCUGGCCUGUCUUCGGAGGGACAGAGAGGGACCUAGGAUGUCCAGGACUUCCUCCUUUCUCCCUCAGUCCCCUUGGAAAGCACUUUCGACCUCCCUGAAUGCCAACUGCAAGCAUCCUUCGGGUACCCGCCUCUAAUGAACAAUAAAGGAACCAUUGGUCA